UAAUUCAUCAUGAAAUGGUCAUAUGACAAUCCGUUAUUCAAAUGUUUUUGCGAUUCGUUUGUAAAUUGAAAGAUGAAUGAUGAUGGUGGUGGUGGUGGAGGGUUUGCUUGCACGUAGAUUUGUAUCGGGUGUCCAAGGUUUAGGUACGCCGGUGAUGGGCCGUCCCGUGCCCGUCGCUUACCGUUCCCGUACUACUAGCCGCAACCGUGUUCAGCUGCUUGCACUUGGCAGUAUUUUUAGGUGGGUUAUUAGGGGGCGCGGGCACCGCCCCUUUUCAGCUCGACAGCAGUUUUAUACUGUUAGACUAACGUUAGAGCCCAGAAUCAUGAGAAUGUGAAUAAUCAUUCCUCCUCAAGUAUCAUGUCUCACGGUCAGAGUUAAUAACUUGUGGGGUUGUCAAGGGCCUUAUUAAGUAAGAAUCAUGUCUGAGCCAGAACCUACACCAAACGCUACAGAAGAAAUGCCAAGUGCUGCCGAAGGAACACCAAGCACUGCAGAAGAAGUUAACCAAACAACAGAGCAGGCUGACCAAACUACAGGAGAAGAUAAGACAAAUGGACAAAGCGAACAAACAACAGCAAAACAAACAGAAAAGGCUCCCGAGGAGGGAGGGGUCCAAGAGACGAGUCCAGGACCAGGGGACCAGGUGGCGGAAGAUGCAGGAAAAGGAGCGGAAGCAAGUGCUGCAGUUGAACCUCAGGAUGAUAGCCCCAGAGUGGUGAUAAUCACCGGUGCAAACACUGGUAUUGGCCUGGUUGCUUCGGAGAAGUUUGCUAAAGAUGGGUUUGAGGUAAUCAUGGCUUGCAGGAGCGAAGAAAGAGCAAACCAAGCAGUCAGUCAAGUCCAGAAAAAGGUCCCGGGAGCUAAAGUAUCUUUCAUGAAGCUCGAUCUGAAUUCCUUGAAGUCCGUUAGAGAAUUUUCUGAUGCCUUCCACGCAACCGGGAAACCUCUUCACGCAUUGUGCAACAAUGCAGGGCUAACGACGGGCUUCUCAAGCAAAGACAGAUUGGAGACAGAAGAUGGCUUUGAAAUGACCUUUGGGGUCAACCAUUUAGGUCAUUUUCUGUUGACCCACCUUCUUAUGGAUGUGCUGAAGAAGACGUCGGAGGCUUGCGGAGAAGCAAGGAUCGUGAACACAGCGUCCAUGCUACAUGAUCCUGCCAAGACUGCUCGAUUGGGAGGUUCCCCUGCCCAUCUUGAUUUUGAUAACCUGAUGCUGGAGAAGAGCAAACCAUUUGAUGGGAUGCUGGCCUACAGGAACUCCAAGCUUGCAAACUGCGCCUUUUCCGUAGAGCUUUCCAGGAGACUAGAGGGGUCAAAGGUCACAUCAAACACACUCUGUCCAGGUUUCAUACCAGCCACUGGUCUUGGACGCAACGAGACGACAAUGGCUAAGAUCAAAAUGGCGAUCUUCACCCCCCUCCUGAAGCUGAUAGGUGUGACGCGUACCUUAGAACACGGUGGCGGAAUGAUCCAUUACGUUGCCACUAGUCCAGAUUUUAAAGGUUUGAGUGGUAAACACUCCUCUGAUUUCAAGAUAAUAGACAGCUCUGCAGAAUCUCGAGACCCUGAGGUCGGCAAGAGGCUAUGGGAUAUCUCGGCAGAUCUUGUCCAAUACCAAGCAGCCAAGACCAUGUAACUGCCCAAAAUGGAGAUUGCCCCCUGUUGUACAUCCCCACUUUAUCUUUUACCCAUUUUUCAUAAUUGUCUUUAAUGGGGCUUUCCAAGAAAGUAAUGUCUAGUUCCAAAUCAACUGUAAAGGCAUGGUCACACCGCCCGAGCGUUGUUGGAGCGGUCGUU